GAGGCAUCCUGAGGGAGAAAAAAGUAGAGAGAGAGAGAAAAAGAUAUCUACCUUAGGGAAGAACCUCAGAGAGAGGGAGGGAAGGAGAGGACGGGUAGGAGCGUGUGUGCAUGUGUGUAAGAGACACUUAUUCUCUUAACUACUAGGAGACAGACACACUUUCCUAGCCCGACUCAAAGAAGGGGGGAAAACAGGAGGAAGAUUUUUUUUUUUCAAUAUCAUUUUAAUUUUCCCCUCAUUCAACAAUCAAGCUGCCCUAAAGCUUCUCUUCCUGGAAACUCUUCUUCAUUGCCUACUGGAAGUUCUAUGUAUUGAUCCAUUUACCCUCUCACACACACACUACAAGGCUUACCUCAUGGAUUUGUAUCUGAUUGGAUAUUUGAUGUGUGUGUGGUUGUCCAGCUCACGGGUGCUUGGAGGCUAUCCCAUCUGGUGGUCCCUGGCCCUCGGGCAGCAGUACUCGUCUCUGGGCUCCCAACCCAUCCUGUGCGGCUCUAUCCCCGGCCUGGUGCCCAAGCAGCUGCGUUUCUGUCGCAACUACAUCGAGAUCAUGCCCAGCGUCGCCGAAGGUGUGAAGCUGGGGAUCCAGGAAUGCCAACACCAGUUUAGGGGCCGGCGAUGGAACUGCACCACCAUCAAGGACAACCUUGCCAUCUUUGGCCCUGUGUUAGAUAAAGCAACCAGAGAGUCAGCGUUUGUCCACGCUAUCGCCUCAGCGGGCGUCGCAUUCGCAGUGACGCGCUCCUGUGCCGAGGGCACGUCCACUAUGUGCGGCUGCGACUCCCACCACAAGGGACCUCCAGGGGAGGGCUGGAAGUGGGGUGGCUGCAGCGAGGAUGCAGAGUUUGGGGUGCUGGUGUCCAGAGAGUUCGCCGACGCCAGGGAGAACCGUCCAGAUGCUCGCUCGGCGAUGAACCGGCACAACAACGAGGCAGGACGCACGACCAUCCUCGACCACAUGCACCUGCGCUGCAAAUGCCACGGCCUGUCAGGAAGCUGCGAGGUGAAGACGUGCUGGUGGGCGCAGCCGGACUUCCGCAUGCUGGGCGACUACCUGAAAGACAAGUACGACAGCGCCUCGGAGAUGGUGGUGGAGAAACACCGUGAGUCGCGCGGCUGGGUGGAGACGCUGCGGGUCAAGUACGCCUUCUUCAAGCACCCCACCGAGCGUGACCUGGUCUACUACGAGGGCUCGCCCAACUUCUGCGAGCCCAACCCGGAGACAGGCUCCUUUGGGACACGCGACCGAGUCUGCAACGUGUCGUCACACGGCAUCGAGGGCUGCGACCUGCUGUGCUGCGGCCGCGGCCACAACACCCGGACUGAGAAACGCAAAGAGAAGUGCCACUGCAUCUUCCACUGGUGCUGCUACGUCAGUUGUCAGGAGUGCGUGCGCGUCUACGACGUGCACACGUGCAAGUGAGAGAGAGAGGCCUGUUGCUUUCAGACAAACUGAGUGCUGGACUACAAGUGCUGCCCACCCCCGCCCCUCAACUCCCCAUCGUCCUGCACGACUUCCCUGCUUCUCCAGACACAGACUCUGUUCCCCACACACUCAUCAGCACCACACACUGAGGCCCUAACGGGUGAUGGCACAUCAGAAAUGGAUCCUUCUCCACCUUUCAUUGUCAAAACCCUGCACUAGAAUCCGUCUGCAUCCACUUCCAUAAGUUCCUGUGUUGACCUGACUGCUCUUAUUGGAAGAAGUCAGACUUGUGCCACUUUCCCCUGGUUCCUCUUCCUGCAGCAUUGGGCCACGACCCCCCCAGCCCCAUCCCCUUCCCCCUUGUCUCUAUUUAUUUCCCCCCUCCAUGCCAACAUAAUGCUUGUGGCAUGUACAGUAACACUUUUUACCUGUGAGAUUAAUGCAGUAAAAAAAACAAACUUUCAGACUCUCUUUGCUUUUGAAUAAAAAGCAUUUUCUAACUAACACCUCACUUCUCCAGCCAGUCUGGUUGGUUUACCUAUUGUUUUGUUUUUUUUUUGUUUUAUAAAAACUAAACCAACCUCUACACCGUCACUUAGUCAUAAGUGAUACUGAACACGUCGGCAGCCCCAGGAAACCAUCACUUUGUAACUACUGAACUGAACUGAGAACAGCAGGCAGGCGCUGGAGGUGCCGUAGUCCUGUCUUUUUUGUAAACUACUGAGCUGAUGAAAUCCUCAGUGUUGCUACUCCCUGCUGACUGACUCGACUGCACCAGUCAACCGGGAAACCUGGAAGAUAUAUGCUACAGCCUGAUUUUAUAGCCCUGCAUUUCUGAAAUAUCACCAAUGGGCUGGGACUGGAGGUAUGCAGGAGGGGGCAUGUGUGCGAGCCACAUGCUCAUUCCACUAACCACCCUACACAUGUAUAUGUAUGCACUAUUCAGUUCCACAUACAGCAAUGCCAGGUGGUAAAAAUUUAGAGCAUUGUUUAUGCGAGCAAAUUUUUCUUCAUUGCAACCUUGCGGUUCUUAUGAAUGACGACUUUGUUCCUACAUUCGGGCACGAUCAACCUGUAAAUUGCUCAUGAUUUCCACAAGUGUGAUGCAACAACACAGUUACCGUAUACAUUAUCCAGACUAAGGAGCGCUGUGGCGAAAACAACACAGAAAAACAAAUUGUAUGAGUGAGUAGAAGAAGAUCAUUUAUGGCUGUUUCAUUUAUAAAUUUAUGCAUCAAACUUGAGUCAAGCUUUAGCAUGCUUAAUAUUAAUUCUGGUCUUAUGAGUGAAGUGAUUAUCGGGAGAUCUUUUGUAUCUAACACUUCAUGCAUUCGUCAGGUCCAUCUUAGAGACUUUAAGCAAAACUUUCUUUUAUCACUGUAAUAAAAAAAAAAAGAAAAAGGGGGACAUGUGACGACAUGUGGAGACCAGAGUGCAGAGCAGAUUCUCAUUGGCUUUCACAUCCUUUCCUUCUAUCCUUCCUUUCUUCCCUCCUCCCUUCCUUCUCUCAAUAUUUUCCCCUCAGUUAGACAGCUUGAGGUUUUUAAGAAGCCUGAUUUAUGAACUUGCGUUCUUGUCAGUGCACAACAAAAACACUUCUGCCUUGCUGUUCUGGUUUUUGAGAUAUUGGAAGAACAAUAUAGUGAACUGAAAAUUGUGUUUUCAGAGGCAUGGAUGUCAGCCCAGUAGAGUUUGCGUGGGAGGAAAUGUUUUUUAAGAUCAAUGAGCAAAAUAGUUGUGAUUUUUGAGUGGACUGAAAAAAAACUUCCAGUUCAUGUAGAAAACAUGACUGACAUUAAGCUGAAGACGGUUGUGCAAGAUCUGUGUGUGUGUGUGUAUGAUGGCUGCCAGUGACAAACAGAAGUGGAUGGAAAAACGGAUGGAUGGAUGGAUGGAUGGAUGGAUGGCAGGCUGGCUCUUCACAAUGGUGGAACAAACUGUGAGAGGUUUCCACACAACAUGUUCUGACAGUCCCACCUGCUUCCUAUUAAUUAUAUUCAACAACAAAAAUACAAGUUACCCAGUAGUGUAUAGGCGGUCCUCUCUUUGUGACAUAGCUUAGCAUUUGCGUCAUCUUCUACACAGCCCUCCCUACCUGGGCCUACCUUUCUGUGUUCAGUCCCCUCCAACCCCCCCACCCCCCCCCCCCCCCGAACCCCCUACUUCCCCCGCUAUAUCCAAAGUUUUGUACAAAUGUUUUAAAGUGAAUAAUUCCCUUUUUAUUUUAUAAUCGUAAAUGUUAUGUUUUUAUAAAUAUUAUUUAUUAUACAAUGUAUAUAUCUGUAUGACUGAGCUAAGAUUAUAUAUUUGAAGAACAAAACGGUCUCGUGCUUUUUUUGCUUCUCAGCCAGAGGAACACACACAUAUUAAUAACCUCACUUCAUUGUAAUUAAUAGUAUGAUUAGAUAUCUGAUCAUUAUAUACAUUAAACUCUCCCCUAGUUCAUAGUAUCAUAUACUACACAUGGACUUUGAUUAAGAACUUUCAUUAAGAACUUAAGACUUUAAAGAACAAGUUUGGUUAUUGUCAACAAAUCCCAUGAAAAGACCUAAAUUACAAUGAUACAUCUUACUCUUUAGUUUAUUUUGACUCAGUCCUACAAGUUUCCUCCUGCUGCUGUAAAUAGUCACUAAUACACCAAAUGUGUAUUCAUCCGCUGCUGGAAAAUGUCCCCAAAUAAAUGCACUAUUUCCUCCUGUUUGAGUAUUUUUUGCUAAAAAACUACAGUGCCCAGGUAUUUUAGGAAAUUACUAUGAAUUAAAACUUUGUAUCUUUAUUGACAGACUUACGCUUUGUUAGUUUUGGUCUUUGGCUUUUUAUGGGAUUUGUGGCAGUGAGAAAAUUAUUUCUUAGCAUGAACAUGGAAUAUUAUUGAAGAACUUGCUAUUAACUUUAAAUAUACAG